UUUGCCGUUAAUAAAGAUAACACCCUCUUGUCCUCCUUUAUUUAUUUCCGUAGUCCAUAUACGCAAUUUAAUUUUCCGAUUCACAGAGCCAGCCAGCCAGCCCUCUGUUUCGCUAUAAACCCUAGUGAAAUGGCAGAGGACACUCAGCAACGAGCGGAGGACAAUGUUUACGUAGAUAAGAAGAAAAAGAUGAAGAAUCCGUGGAUACCUGAUGAAGAGAAGUUUUUAGCUACGGUGUAUCUUAAAAUAUCCGAGAAUCCCACAGUAGGAAACGGGCAACACGUUACUGCUUUUUGGAACCGAGUCGUGUUGUACUUUCGACAGAACACCUCGUUUACCAUCGACAGAACGAAAGAUCAGCUCACGAGUAAGUGGACCGAUAUGAACAAAAAGGUCGGUAAGUUUAACGAGAUCAUAACAAACUUGAAGAGAGAUUGUAAAAGUGGUCAAUCUGAAGAGGAUAUCCUUCCGCUUGCCCUUACUAGAUACAAACAAGACGUCGGGCGGGAUUUCAGUCUCUGGCACGUGUGGAUUCUGCUUAAAGACUCGCCGAAAUGGAAAGCGCCCGUUUUAACCGACCAAACAAGCAAAAUCAAAAGCAAAAGCAAAAGGUUAAAAACGUCUAAGACCGGGGUGUACACGUCGUCUUCACACGCACAUGGUUCAGUAAACCUGGAAACGGAAGAUGAUGAAGUUGAGCUUCAACAUCCACCUGGUAAAAAGUCAACCCAUCAAGAAGGAAAGUCAGAUGCUACAUCGUCAUCAACCGGAUCCAAAUUACAUGAGGCACUUGUGCAAAAAGAAAUUAUGGAUCUUGCGAAUGGGUCCAAAGUGCAGCCCGAGAAGGAUGCUGGUUUUCGUCAGUUUCAUGAAAGCUUGCUUCAGCUCACGAGUCUGGAACUUGAAAAACGAGAGGAUAAGGAUUUCCAGUUCCUGUUGAUGGAUACGAGCAAGUUGACAGGAGUAGAUCUUGAACUCGUUCUACAACGUAAGGAUCGAAUUAGAAAAAAAUAUGUGACGAAAUAUGGACUGUAAUAUAUUGUUUUUAAGUAUUGUGUAUAAGUAACUAGUAUUGUAAGGCCUGUGCUAUAAUGAAGGCUUGUGUAUACAACCUAUGUAACAUCCAUUUUCUGUUCACUAAACAACCAUUAUCUUCCACUUUCAA